GGUACACGCCGGGCCCGCACUUCUCUUUAGUGUUUGCCAUUGUGCGUCGCGUUCCGCGCUCAGUUCACGCAGCUUGACGCCGCUUUACUGGCGCUUCGCGACCACGACGAGUGCAGAGGAUGGCGCAGGUCUCGGUCGCGGCCCCGGCUCUGUCUGUGGGUGCCCCCCUCCCCUCUGUGGCCGGUGACGCAUGCGGCCUGGAGCCCACAAGCCCACUGCUGGCCCCGCCGGCUGGUCAGUGCCCCGUCACAGCCACUACCAACGCCAUCGGCACCAUCAUUGACGGCAUGUCCUCUGUAUCUCUGGAGGAAAACAUGGCAAACCCCAAAGAGAAGACCCCAAUGUGUCUGGUGAAUGAGCUGGCCCGCUACAACAAGCUGCAGGCCCAGUACAAGCUGGUGCGGGAGGAGGGGCCCGCACAUGCCAAGUUGUUCACGGUCGAGCUGGCGCUGGGGGAGCAGACCUGGGAGGCCGAGGGCAGCAGCAUCAAGAAGGCGCAACACUCAGCUGCCACGCGUGCCCUCGCCGAGACGGCGCUGCCCCGGCCGCCCGCUCGCCCACCCAAGCACAACCUUGGCACCAACCCAGGGAGCAUCACACCCACCGUGGAGCUCAAUGGGAUGGCCAUGAAGCUGGGCCUGCCCGUGUUCUACCGACACUUUGACCCGCCGCCCAUGCCCGGAUAUCGGCCAAACUACAACUACCGCGGCAUGCCGCACCAGAGGUACCACCACCCCCCGAUGCCACGCGCCUUCCUGGUGGAGCUGCAGGUGGGCGAGCGCAAGUUCACGGGGGAGGGCCGUACGCGACAGGCCGCGCGCCACAACGCUGCCAGCAACGCGCUCAAGGACCUUCAAAGCGACCCGCUGCCUCCCAAGCCUGCGCCCGACACACAGGAGAAUGGAAACGAGGAUGAGGACGAGGAGAACGACCAUGACGCCAACAAGUCUGAGAUCAGCCAGGUGUUUGAGAUCGCGCUCAAGAGGAACUUGCCCGUCAACUUCGAGGUGGUGCGGGAGAGCGGCCCCCCGCACAUGAAGAGCUUUGUGACGAGGCUCUCGGUGGGGCAGUUCUCCGCCGAGGAGGAAGGCAAGAGCAAGAAGCUGUCCAAGAAGAAGGCGGCCGCUAUUGUGCUGGCCGAGCUGUUCAAGCUGCCGCCCCUGCCCGUCGUGGAAAAACCGCGGCCCACGCUCUUCAAGAAGAAACCCAAGUCGAUCGUGAAGGUGAGCCCAGAGUACAGCCAGGGCAUGAAUCCCAUCAGCCGGCUCGCACAGAUUCAGCAGGCGAAGAAGGAGCGUGAGCCCGACUACACAGUCGUCUCGGAGCGCAGCCUGGCGCUGCGUCGACGCGAGUUCAUCAUGCAGGUGAAGGUGGGCGAUGACUGUGCGUCGGGCACUGGUCCCAGCAAGAAGAUCGCCAAGCGCAACGCGGCGGAGACGCUGCUGCUGCAGCUGGGCUACAAGCCCUCGCUGCCGGCCGCCUCGCCCGAUGAAAAGCAGUGUCAGCCGCAAGAGGGUGAGAAGCCGGUGGAUACACGCAAAGUGACCUUCGCGGAACCAGCCAGUCCCAACCAAAAGGGUAUCCUGCACCUGUCAGCUGAUGUCUACCAGCAGAUGGAGGCUGCACGAAACCGGGCUGGUGGUCCCCCUCCCCAGCAGCAGCAGCAUCAGCAGCAGCAGCAGCAUCAGCAGCAGCAGCAGCAGCAGCAGCAUCAGCAGCAGCAGCAUCAGCAGCAGCAGCAGCAUCCUGCCAUGGGCUACGGCAAGAAGGAGCCGUCGUGGGGGGGCCCAGGCCCCAUGCACCCCCACGGCCUAGGAAACACCACUGCCACCAUUCCCAGGGAGCUGCUGAUGAAGGGCGGCUCACCCACGGCGGAGGCCAUGGUGAAGGUGCCGCCCGUCCACAUGGCCCACGCGUGCCAGCAACUCGACUACCUGGCUCGUGAACAAGGCUUCCAGGUGCAGUACAUGGACAUGCAGCGUGGGAAGGAUAUCAUGAGCACCCUGACCAUCCUGCCCCUGCAAAUAGCGUUCCAUGGCGUGGGCAGCACGGUGGAGGCGGCACGCGAUCAGGCUGCCCUCAACACAUUGAAGCAGUUAUCUGAACAGGGCCUGGAUGCUUUGGCCAGCAAAGGAAAACCAGACAAUAAGGGGUUGGCUGACAAGAUGGACCCCAAGGGGAUGGACUUAGGCGGGGGCCUCGUGAAGACCCCUCCUGGCCCGUCCCCCGAGCCCAUCGGCACAUAGACGGGCAACGCGCCAUGCCACGCACACCCCACGCGCCCACGCUACUCAACUUGUUUCCCAGAUCCUCUUUUCUCCUCCCACAACUCCCCAUCUUCUCUCCCAGCUCUCCAUCCUUUCCCCCAGUGAUUCCUCCACCCCCAAGCUUCCAAUCUCUUUUCCCAUCUUCUCUUCCCAGCCCUCCCAGCUCUCUCAGCUCCCCAUCUCUCCCAGCUCUCCAUCCUUUCCCCCCAGCUACCCAUCCUCUUCUCCAGUUCUGCAUCCACCCCCAGCUUCAAAUCUUCUUCCCCCAGCUCGCCAUCCUCUUCCCAACUCCCAUUCUCUCCCAGCUCCCCAUCUUUUCUCACAACUCCCCAUCUUCCCUGCCAGGUUCCCGUCUUUUUCCGUGUGCCGUGGGGGGAGGGGGGGGGGCGCGUGUGGUAGUGCGUUGGUCCGCGCUGCCUGUGUAACCGCACACAUUGCACCAUAACUCGGGCAGGCGAUUCACACGUUCAUUUUAAAAUCACGAUUUUUAAAAAAAGAAAUCAGCAUUGAAUUUUUUUACGAGUGGCUGCCAUCCAUGGAAUUGGAUUUAUCACAGACGAACAAAAUUUAUCUUGAUAUUUUUUAAAUUUUAAGUUAGUUGCAACUGAAAGUGCUUUCAGUGAUGUGUUCUUAAUUGGUGAUAUUUACAUUUUGGAGUGGGACUUCACAGCCUCUGUGAAAUUACUGCGGCACACUCCCACAAACAAUGUGUGAGUGUUCAGUUCAGCCCUGAAGAGGGGUGUUGGACGAGACGCUGGUUUAGGACACGGCCUAACCACACACGUAGCUCGUCCGUCGUCACCGCAUGGCCCAGCCAAAAGUGUUUUUUAAGCGACCCCAUCGACAAAUCAAAGCGGUGGAGCGAGAAUUGAGUCGACGUUACGCAGUGCUGAUGGAAAUAAAAUGACAUGCAGGACGAGGGUAAAUUUUUCCUUUAUACAAGAAUCUUGUAGAGUUACAGCAGUUUGCCAGUCGUCAGUCGAAGUUGACUGACGGAUACAUUGGUAAAGAGUUGAAUUUACUGUGAAGAAGAGUUUCAUGGUGAGGGCAGCAUUCGGACAUGCUGCUACAGCAAGCCGCCCAAUACAAGGCUCCCAUCCCCUGUGGAGUGGCCUUCAUUUGGCUUGAACAGUGCUCGCAAAUUGAGCUGAAUCGAAAUGACCCGACAGAUCCUGAGAGAGCAUUCGAUUUUGAAAACCAUGCAAACGUACACGGCAUCGAUCGCAAUUAACAGAUGAACUGCUCUCGACUGCAGCUGAGUUUGUCGAUUACACAGUUUAUCAUGCCAGAUUCAAUGAUCAAUGGGUUGUGCUGCAUCGUAAUUUUAUGACAAUAAUUUAGUUAAUUCUUCAUGACAUGCCCGGCCCCAUGGUGCAAUGUGAUUCGGUGCAGUUUUCGUGUGUGUGUGUGUGCGUGCGUGACCCAUUCGUGUGUCUGUGUGUGCGUGAGUAUGCGUACGUGUGUACGCCGAUUCCAGACAAACGUGCAGUACGUGAAGACAACCGAUGGCAAGGCUUUAGAUUAAAGCGAUCAUGUAACCAACGGAAUUAGAGAAGAGGAUUGCUUUUUGCGUUUCAAAGUGUAGCAAAGUAGAUCCAGUGGCUGGCAGUUCCUCGCAUCUCUACUGGAACCGAAGCUUCUGAAACAUUUGAUGUUUGCAUUUAAAAUGAAAUAUAUUCAACGAUACUGAUAACAAACAGAUUCUUUCAAAAACCUUUGUUUAACCGAGGACUCCCAGUUUGCUCCCACGCAUCGUUUUGUAGGUGAAUGUUGAAGUAAUUGGAAAUGGCAGUGAAAUGCGUGUGUUAUCGUGAAAAUAGCGAGGGGGGAGUAUGGGUGUGGCUGUGCAUAGAAUAUCCUGCAGACUUUGCUUGGAAACGGCGGUUGUCUUCAUGUAUACCCACUUUAGCAGCACUACAUCACCUGUCAGGACGGUAAAAUCCAACUCGUUUAGUCUGCAAGAAUUGUGACGGCAACGCACUGAGAGGUUACCGUUGGAUUGUCAGGCCACGUAACGGUGAUGAGAAUGCAGUGCUAAAAGAAACAUUCGAUCUCGUGUUAGUUUUACGCAAGGUUGCAGACUAGAGGUUGUGUUUUUGUAGUUGCUGACUGCUAAGUGUUUAUCAAUUACUCUAAGUUGUGAUCUUUUUUUUUUGCAUUCCGUUCCCACCAUUUAGACCUGCCUGUUGCUCCGAACACAAAUUAUAAAUGGUGGAAACGACUGAUAUCUUUUUGCGUUGUCUGCAUCGGCGGCACGCGCCGACGCUCUGGAGCGUGGGGCGGCGGUGAGGGGUGGCGGGUGGCGUCCGAGUGGCUGUUCUGACUUCCACCAACUCGAGCUCACCUGACCCUGAUCCCACCACACCCCACCCCUUCUCCAUGCUCGGUGACACUAGCCUGGUUUGGGUCCAGACCAGGUGGCCAGGAUUCGUGCAGCCUGAGUCAGGUCACUUAUCGUUCGUCAGGACCUACGUCGCUACGUCAGGACCUGCCCAGCCUGUGUCAGGAGCCAUUCGGCCUAUGUUAGGUUGCGUCUAGACUGUUGGGUCCCUGGCAGACUAUGUCACGAUCCGUGAAAACCUGUCGGCCCUGUGCUGCCAGCGUCGGGAUCUGUAUGUCCUUUGUCAGGACCCACGCAGCCUGUGUCACAGCCUAUGUUGCUGCAUUAGCUCUCUGCAGACUGUGCCAGGACCUGUACACCUGUGUCAGACCUUUGCAGUCUGUGUCAGCUCCCACGCAGCCUGUGCCAGCAUUGACAAAAGAGUGGAGCAUGCCCGCAGAAGCAUCUGUGGGCGACGAUGCCUUCAUCGGUUUAGUUGGAGGCUUCCUGUUUUUUGGGCCGUUUUCAAAUUUCCACGUUUUAAAAGUUAAAUCCGCAACGCUGUUAAGUACACGGCGUAAAAGCGUCCUUGGACGAGUCACUAAUGAUGAUGAUGAUGAAAAACCGUGUGGGGGGGGGGGGGGUGACUCGAUCAAUGUUUCCACUGCUAUCCCCCCACUUUUGAGUUUUCUUUUCUCUCGCGCCGAGGGGUUGUGGUGGGCGCACGCAUGUUGCGUUCCCAACACCAGCGCCGCAUCCCAGCGGUGGGUGCGGUCUGGGAUUGGGAUCCCGACUGGCCUGAGAAUGGGCAGCCACACCAGCCAGCGACAGACAAACCUCCGCAGUGUGCGGGACGCGAUGACAGAGGCACCCUUUCUUCGGGCUGCAAACGAGACGGUCGCAGCAUUUCGAAAAUCGAUUCGGUACGGUGUCAUUUUUUUCUUUCUUCCUCCUCCACAUGAACGGUAUAGCGGCGCAGUUGAAGAAACACGAGUAACUGAGAAAAAAAAAUAACUAAAUUGGAGCUUGAACAUUGAGAUGUGGCGGUUUUGUACUCUUGACGCGCCCGGGUGCAGCGCGAAUGACGACAGUCUCCUGCACGCGGGUGCCACUUUUUGUUAUUUUUUUUCCAUCCCCCCCCCCCCCCGCCCUCUGUUGGUUUAACAAAGUGUAAGGAAGCAUGCACAUCCCAUAGUCACCAUAGUGUACCCCCCCCCUACCAGUGAGUGGCCGUGGAGUGUGUUCUCGUUGGUGUGGCUGAACCCAGAAACUUGCAGUAAAGACACCUUCAGUUUGUGUACCACCA